UUCGAUAUAUAACGCUAUAAUUAUAAAUAAACCCUUUAAUACCUACUUACUUUUAUAUCUAAUAAGAUAGAUCUAUUAACUACUAUAUAAUAGACACCCUAGCUAAAAGACCACAAUUCCAAGUUGCCUCACAACUUAGAAUCUAGCAGUUAUUAACCUGUACCGUCACACCUAAGUACAAAUGUUGUUAGCAGUACCGGGGGUCGUAAGGCUUCCUAGCUAAUAGAAACAGAGGGAAAUUACUUACCAAGGUAGGUACACCACACGUGCGAGGUAGCUGCUAUGAUCCUCUAGCUUAUAACCACAUGUUAUCCUUUGGGACGGUAGGAACAGGUGCCAUUGCCCCACUCUGUCAGGUUAGUAUUCUAUAUGGGUAGCUGGCUGGAUAGCCCCUUAGCCACAUCCUGUCUUUUGCCAUCCCGGAACAAAUAAACAGAGUGGCAAAAAUGGGAAAGGAAGCAUUCGAAAGGCUAGUUCGACUCCGAUCCGAAACAACACCAACAAUGGCAAGGUUCGCAUUAUUCCCAUUGGCUUUUUGACACAGUCACAAGCGUCGUGGAAACUUGAUGCCUGUCAUUGGGCCUCCUCGCCCGUCAGGCUGGAGCCCCUCCGCUCCCACAUAUCGGGGCUCGUCGUUUUUCUCGAUAAUUCAUUGCACUGCGGGUUGUUGAUGUCCGUAAGGUGGCUGGCUGGCGGAUUAAAACAGUGCAUCCCAAACACAAUGGUGUGUCUUGUCUUUGAGCCAUGAUUGACACGGAAUGUGGAGGUGCCUACUAGUAUAGGUCAAUUGUCAAUCAGGGACCAGGGAAGAGCAACGAUAUAGCACUAGUGCAAGGAACCCUAACCCGUUUUGACGUCCAAUCCACCCAUUGAGGGCUCUGUAGAAGGAGUUUGCGAGCUGUUGGCGGGCCGGUGGGUCUAUCGCUCCUGCCGUGUCCGCCGCGGUCUUGACUCGGACCGGGAUCAGGCUGUCUCGGGGCGACCACCUGAGGUCCGUCCAAGGGGGCGAGAAGGCCCCAAGACGUGGAAGCUUGUGGUUGAAUCCUUGAGCGCCCGAAUCUGACCCCGUGGACCAUCGCAUCGAGGCGGUGAGUCAGUCGGGCUGACUUGAUGACCUCGGGGGCGUUGGACGAAAGGCCGUCUCACAUAAUAUGGGGCAAGAGCCGCCGCCACAUAAAUUGUGACUGUAAGUCGGCGUCCAGCCCCGAGUCCCGGGCAGAGCAGAGAGCACCGUCCUCGACCGGCAAGUAGCAAACAACACCAUCUGCGCCCUUGCCCAGUACGGUCUCUUCUGCAGCCAACAUGAAGGUCGAGCAGCCCCGGGCUCCUGCAUACACGCUGCCCAGCAACAUCGCCACCCUGCAGCAUGAGGCACAGCAGCCAACGCCACUGCAGACAACCACAACUGUCCAGCUCGACACCACCCUGGCCGAGCUCUACCAGGCCAAUGGGAUACCGGGGCCCUUCAUCGUGACCAUGUACUGUGUCUUUGCACACAUGGAUCUGCACCCGGCCUGGCCGCGUGAGCUGGUCUACCCGGAGGACGAGGAGCCCGUGCCUUAUUCCCCAGAAGACGAGCAGGAGAUUGCGAGAUUGCGCAACAUCAUAUUGGGCAUGAAGCCCCUCCGCAGGGCCUUUGGGGUGGGUAACAUGGAUGUGCUCCUCCUCGCCCCAAAUGUCACGGCCCAGGCCAUGGAGAGGGCGCUGUCACAGCUAGCGCCCAACCAGCGGCACCGUCCCGUGAUAGUGGACCUCGACCGCCAGGACGUCGCCGCCCAGCUGAGGAGGGCCACCUCCGGGAAGAAGCUCCUGUUCUGGCGGCCCCAAGGGUGGAUGGACGAGCACGACUGCCUCCUCCGCCCGAGGGAGAUGUUCGAUAUCAACAGCAAGGAAUUUCUUGUCCAAUCCGGCAUGCGCACCCCACCAUCUGAGGUCGUCAACCUGCAGACCGUCGAUUUGCCCGCCAAAUCCUGCCUGUUCUGGGCCAGGCCGCUCCCGUUCGUGGUCAAACUGUACCGUGCGGGAUGUAGCUUCGGCACCUACAUUGUCAAGACGGAGCGUCAGCGAGACGAGAUGGUUGAGGCCAUGGCCAAGUACAAGGCACGCGGGACGACCGAGGUGCUGCUGAGCAAGUACAUCGACCUGGUGCAGGACCUGAGCGUGCACUUCUUUGUCGGCGCGCCGGGAACGGCGCACGACAGAGAUAACCCGCAGAUCCUUGGGGUCACGGUCCAGACACUGACUGACGCCGGGAAGUGGACUGGGGGCCACAUCGACUUCAGCAAGCAGGCGGAGCUGCAGGAACUGGUGUGGGAGACUGUGCGGGACACCACGAGAAGGAUGCCCGAGACGUUUAUGGGCUGGGCUGGGGUGGACAUCGUCGUGGACAGACAAGGUGGGCAGUGGGUCGUCGAUCUGAACGCCCGCUUCACUGGGUCCAUGCCCAUAUGCCUCAUGUCUGGCCAUUUCUGGAAGCAAAGGGGGCUGCCAUUGGCCCAGUUCUCGGCAGUGGAGUAUGGAGGGGACGUGGAUUGCAUCUACACCCGGCUUGAGAGGUUGGUGCAGGCUGGCCAGAUUGUGGUCACGGCAACAGCGAGCAUUGGGGAGGGUUGCAACAUGGCAGACGUGAUGUGGGGUGGGAAGAAUAUGACAGAGUUGGCGGAGGUUCAGACAUGGAUUAGACAGGCGCUUGCGAGGGCACCCUAG